AUGAAGACGGUUGACAGUUGGAUGCGGGGCACUGAGGUUUUAGAGGUGGAAGAAGAAAAGCCGGGGGGCGGCCGGGCCGGCAGCGCGGGGGCCCGGCCGUGCAGCCCCAGCCCGUCCGUGGUGAGCGAGAAGGAGAAGGAGGAGCUGGAGCGGCUGCAGAAGGAGGAGGAGGAGAGGAAGAGGCGCCUGCAGCUCUACGUCUUCGUCAUGCGCUGCAUCGCCUACCCCUUCAACGCCAAGCAGCCCACCGACAUGGCCCGGCGGCAGCAGAAGAUAAGCAAACAGCAACUCCAGACAAUCAAGGAUCGAUUCCAGGCCUUUCUCAAUGGAGAAACCCAAAUUGUGGCGGAUGAAGCCUUUAUAAACGCUGUGCAGAGUUACUAUGAGGUGUUUCUAAAGAGCGACCGGGUGGCCAGGAUGGUGCAAAGCGGGGGGUGCUCUGCCAGCGACUCGCGGGAAGUCUUCAAGAAGCACAUUGAGAAGAGGGUACGCAGCCUGCCGGAGAUCGACGGCUUGAGCAAGGAGACCGUGCUCAGCUCCUGGAUGGCGAAAUUCGACGCCAUUUACCGUGGUGAAGAGGACCCCCGCAAGCAGCAGGCCCGGAUGACGGCGAGCGCGGCCUCGGAGCUGAUCCUCAGCAAGGAGCAGCUCUACGAAAUGUUCCAGAAUAUCCUGGGCAUCAAGAAGUUUGAACACCAGCUUCUGUAUAACGCAUGCCAGCUGGAUAAUCCAGACGAGCAAGCAGCGCAAAUCCGGCGUGAGUUAGAUGGGCGUCUUCAAAUGGCAGAGCAAAUCGCCAAGGAACGCAAGUUUCCAAAAUUUGUAUCCAAAGAAAUGGAAAACAUGUACAUUGAGGAGCUGAAGUCAUCCGUCAACCUGCUGAUGGCCAAUUUGGAAAGCAUGCCCGUAUCCAAAGGGGGCUCGGAGUUCAAGUUGCAGAAGCUGAAACGUAGCCACAACACCUCCAUCAUCGACAUGGGAGAAGAAAAUGAAAACCAGCUUUCCAAGUCGGAUGUUGUGCUCUCUUUCUCCUUGGAGGUCGUCAUCAUGGAAGUGCAGGGCCUGAAGUCCUUAGCUCCGAACCGCAUUGUUUAUUGCACUAUGGAAGUCGAAGGUGGAGAGAAACUGCAGACCGACCAGGCUGAGGCUUCCAAGCCCACCUGGGGCACUCAAGGUGACUUCAACACGACGCACGCGCUUCCCGCGGUGAAGGUGAAGCUGUUCACGGAGAGCACCGGUGUGCUGGCUCUAGAAGACAAAGAGCUUGGGCGGGUGGUUCUUCACCCAACACCUAACAGCCCCAAACAAUCCGAGUGGCACAAAAUGACUGUUUCCAAAAACUGCCCGGACCAAGACCUAAAGAUCAAGCUCGCAGUGCGAAUGGACAAACCCCAGAACAUGAAGCAUUCUGGAUACUUGUGGGCCAUUGGUAAAAAUGUCUGGAAGAGAUGGAAGAAAAGGUUCUUUGUGCUGGUCCAGGUGAGUCAAUAUACAUUUGCUAUGUGCAGCUACCGGGAGAAAAAGGCUGAACCUCAAGAGCUGCUGCAGCUUGACGGAUACACAGUGGACUACACUGACCCCCAGCCAGGCUUGGAGGGUGGCCGAGCAUUUUUCAAUGCCGUGAAGGAAGGCGACACAGUGAUCUUUGCCAGUGAUGAUGAGCAGGACCGCAUCCUCUGGGUCCAGGCCAUGUACCGGGCCACUGGCCAGUCCCACAAACCGGUGCCACCCACCCAGGUCCAGAAGCUUAAUGCCAAGGGAGGAAACGUACCCCAGCUGGACGCGCCAAUCUCGCAAUUCUCUGGACUCAAGGAUGCAGAUAGAGCUCAAAAGCAUGGCAUGGAUGAAUUUAUCUCUUCCAACCCCUGUAACUUUGACCACGCUUCACUCUUUGAGAUGGUUCAGCGCCUCACUUUGGACCACAGACUUAAUGAUUCCUAUUCUUGUCUGGGCUGGUUCAGUCCUGGCCAGGUAUUUGUGCUAGAUGAGUAUUGUGCACGUAAUGGAGUCAGAGGCUGUCACAGACAUCUCUGCUACCUCCGAGAUUUACUCGAACGCGCAGAAAACGGAGCUAUGAUUGAUCCCACCUUGCUUCACUACAGCUUUGCCUUUUGUGCAUCCCAUGUUCAUGGCAACAGGCCUGAUGGAAUAGGAACUGUAACGGUAGACGAGAAGGAGCGUUUUGAAGAAAUCAAGGAAAGGCUCCGUUUACUCCUGGAGAAUCAAAUCACGCAUUUUAGGUAUUGCUUUCCAUUUGGCCGACCAGAAGGUGCAUUAAAAGCUACUCUCUCGCUACUGGAAAGGGUCCUUAUGAAAGACAUAGUUACUCCAGUUCCUCAAGAGGAGGUAAAAACAGUCAUCCGUAGAUGCUUGGAGCAGGCAGCUUUAGUCAACUAUACUCGACUAUCAGAGUAUGCCAAAAUUGAAGGGAAAAAGAGAGAAAUGUAUGAGCAUCCUGUCUUCUGCUUGGCCUCUCAAGUGAUGGAUUUAACCAUUCAGAAUCAAAAGGAUGCAGAAAAUGUAGGCCGGUUAGUCACACCUGCCAAAAAGCUAGAAGACACAAUCCGUCUGGCAGAGCUGGUAAUUGAAGUCCUACAGCAGAAUGAAGAACACCAUGCAGAGGGGAAAGAGGCCUUUGCUUGGUGGUCAGACUUAAUGGUUGAACAUGCGGAAACCUUCCUGUCACUGUUUGCAGUGGAUAUGGAUGCUGCCUUAGAGGUGCAACCCCCAGACACGUGGGACAGCUUUCCACUAUUUCAGCUUCUAAAUGAUUUCCUCCGUAGUGACUAUAAUUUGUGCAAUGGAAAAUUCCACAAACACCUUCAAGACCUGUUUGCUCCACUUGUUGUUAGAUAUGUCGAUCUGAUGGAGUCCUCAAUUGCACAAUCAAUUCACAGGGGCUUUGAGCGGGAAUCAUGGGAGCCAGUAAAGAGUUUAACAAGUAAUCUGCCCAAUGUGAAUCUACCCAAUGUGAAUCUCCCUAAAGUUCCAAACCUACCAGUUAACAUCCCACUAGGCAUCCCACAAAUGCCUAGCUUUUCUGCACCGUCAUGGAUGGCUGCUAUAUAUGAUUCUGACAAUGGGUCAGGAACCUCUGAAGAUCUGUUUUGGAAACUUGAUGCCCUACAGACCUUCAUUCGGGAUUUACAUUGGCCCGAGGAAGAAUUUGGAAAACAUCUUGAGCAGCGUCUGAAGCUCAUGGCAAGUGACAUGAUUGAAUCUUGUGUCAAGAGAACCAGGAUUGCAUUUGAAGUAAAGCUGCAAAAAACCAGUCGAUCAACAGAUUUCCGAGUCCCUCAGUCAAUAUGCACCAUGUUUAAUGUUAUGGUCGAUGCCAAAGCUCAGUCAACAAAGCUUUGCAGUAUGGAAAUGGGCCAAGAGCACCAGUACCAUUCAAAAAUAGAUGAACUAAUUGAGGAAACCGUCAAAGAAAUGAUAACACUCUUAGUGGCAAAGUUCGUCACCAUUUUGGAAGGAGUCCUGGCCAAGCUGUCCAGAUACGAUGAAGGGACUUUGUUUUCCUCUUUCCUGUCGUUUACUGUGAAGGCAGCUUCCAAAUACGUGGACGUACCCAAGCCGGGGAUGGAUGUUGCCGAUGCCUAUGUGACAUUUGUUCGCCACUCUCAGGAUGUGCUGCGUGAUAAGGUCAAUGAGGAGAUGUAUAUAGAAAGGUUAUUUGAUCAAUGGUACACCAGCUCAAUGAAUGUCAUGUGCACCUGGCUGACGGACCGCAUGGACCUGCAGCUUCACAUUUACCAACUGAAAACCCUUAUUAGGAUAGUAAAGAAAACGUAUAGAGAUUUCCGAUUGCAAGGGGUACUGGACUCCACCUUAAACAGCAAAACCUACGACACAGUUCGAAACCGGCUGACUGUAGAAGAAGCCACAGCUUCCGUUAGCGAAGGUGGAGGUCUUCAGGGCAUAACGAUGAAGGACAGUGACGAAGAAGACGAAGAGGACGAUUAGCUACUGUGGUUUAGAGGCCCACUUGGUGAUAGCCUGGUAACCAGUGCAUGUACCUAGUCUGUUAUUCAGUUAGCCACAUUAGGAACUUUUCUGUCCGCUCUAAACGCCCAUGAGAAGUUGACCAAUACAAAUGCCAUUUUAGCUGUGUGGUAAUAAGAUUAGCACCUCUCUUUGAUUCAUUGGUUUCCUAAUUUCAUAUCUAUAUGUUCAUAAGCAAUAUAGAGCACCAUUCUUUAAUACUGUUAAUGGAAAACUACAUAGAAAAACACGCUAGGUGUGUCCCUGUUACAAUUCAAGUUUAAACGACGCGUCAUUGAUGUACUGUAUAUACACUGAUGGUAAACUGUUGUGAAGAUGAGUGAACUGAGUCCUUUCAUUUCUUUGUUUCUCUCCUGUGGAUGCCAACUGCUUAAAAUUAAUAAAAACAGCUAUGUUUUUAAAAGAAAAGUCAGGCUGAUACCAAGGAGUUUUUUUUGUUCUCUCUGUUCAUUAAAAAACAAAGCAAAACGAAAAAGAAACUGGCCGUUUGACUCGUGCUGCCUCCCUGUUUAAUAAACCAGGCACUUGCCUUGAACGUGCAGCUAACUCCAGAGAGGUUGCAUCCCAAUGGGUUAGUGAUUCUGACUGCUCCGGCAGAUUCAUCCUAUCCUCAUGGGUACAUCAUGCCACGGUACGCCCCACAGAAGUUGUUCUAUGUUGCUGACUGCCCCCCUCUCAAUGUUACACUUUGUUUAAGGUUCAGAUAACUGUGUAUGUACAAAGGCACCUCAAAAUACAACCUUAGCCUAUAUAAAUGUGUUCAUAAGACUAUAUGACUCUCAUUUCUUUUGGUAGACUGUAACCAUCAUUUUGAUUCCUUUGUUUCACAAUGGUUUUAUAUGUCAUGUACAUUUGCAUUUUUGACCAGUACGUGCAUGUCCCCGAGUUCCCCCCCUCCAGAAGCUUUUACUUUCUGUGUAAAAUAGUGGAUCCAUCUUGCUUUUGCCUUAUACAAGCCAACAGUUGUAAGAGUGUGAGAACUGUGGCUUCUCAAUAAAUAACUAUUCAGAUGUCUUC